AUGAAUCCUUAUGGGAACUUAAGUAGCAAACAUAGUUCGUGGCCAGUUUUGCUGAUGAUUUACAAUUUAUCUCCUUUGUUGUGCAUGAAGAGGAAAUAUAUGAUGUUGUCUAUGAUGAUAUCGGGUCCUAGACAACCUGGAAAUGACAUUGAUGUGUACCUAAAGCCGUUGAUCGAUGAUUUGAAACUAUUAUGGGAAGAAGGUGUCGAUGUGUAUGAUUCAUAUUCUGAAGAAUUGUUUUGUUUGCGUGCAAUGUUGUUUUGCACCAUAAAUGAUUUUCCAGCAUAUGGAAACUUGAGCGGUUACAGUGUUAAAGGUCAUUUUGCAUGUCCCAUUUGUGAAAAAAACACGAGUUAUAUUCAAUUGAAGCACGGUCAGAAAACUGUGUAUACAAGACAUCGAAAGUUUCUUCCUCGAAAUCAUCCUUAUCGUAGAAUGAAAAAAGCAUUUAAUGGAAGUCCUGAGGAUGAAGUUGUAGCGAGACCCCGCAAUGGUGAAGAAAUAUACAACCAAGUGGAAAACAUUGACAUUGUGUUUGGGAAACAUCCAAAGAAAAAGACCACGGAAAAAAGCAUUUGGAAGAAACGAUCAAUCUUCUUUAAUCUUCCAUAUUGGUGUAAACUUGAUGUACGACAUUGUAUAGACGUGAUGCACGUUGAAAAAAAUGUAUGUGAUAGCGUCAUCGGGACUUUACUAAAUGUAAAAGGAAAGACUAAAGAUGGAGUUAAAGCACGACAAGAUUUGGCUGAAAUGGGCAUCCGUUCUGAGUUACAUGCACAAUCAAUUGGAAGACGAACCUACCUGCCUCCAGCUUGUCACACUCUUUCUAGAAAAGAGAAGCAAAUUUUUUGUGAGUGUUUAAGAAGUGUGAAGGUUCCCCAAGGUUACUCUUCAAAUAUUAGUAGCCUUGUUUCUAUGCAAGAUUUAAAGUUAGUCGGUUUAAAGUCUCACGAUUGUCAUGUGUUGAUGCAACAACUUUUACCAGUAGCUUUUCGAGCCAUCUUACCUACUUCUGUCAGAGGUAUUCUAACACGUUUGUGUAUGUUCUUCAAUGCCAUAUGCAAGAAAGUUAUUGACCCUCGAGUGUUAGACGAUUUGGAAAAUGAGGCCAUUAGACUAUUGUGUCAAUUGGAAAUGUAUUUUCCACCUUCAUUUUUCGAUAUCAUGGUUCAUUUGAUAGUUCAUCUUGUGAGGGAAAUUCGAUUAUGUGGGCCAGUUUUCUUGAGAUGGAUGUACCCAGUGGAAAGAUACAUGAAGAUCUUAAAGGGAUAUGUCAAGAAUCAGUAUCGACCAGAAGCUUCUAUUAUAGAGCGGUACAUUGCAGAAGAAGCCAUUGAAUUCUGCUCAAGUUAUAUGCCAAGUUGUGAACCAAUUGGAGUUCCUAAGACUAGACAUGAAGGUAAAUGUGAAGGUAAGGGUGUGCGUGGAGUGAAGAUUCAAAGUGUUAGUAGAAAAUUAGUUGAUCAAGCCCAUUUGUACAUCUUAAACAACACUGUAGAGGUCAUUCCUUACAUAACGCAACACAUUGAUGAAACGAAAUCAGCACAUCCACGAAUGAGUGAAAAAUGGGCACUUAAUGAACAUAACAAAACAUUCUUAUCAUGGUUUAAGAAAAAGGUUUACGCGACUCCAAAUGUUUCUGAAACUCUAUUGAGGCUAGCUCGUGGACCGAACAAUGAUGUCAUUACAUAUGGCGGGUACUACAUAAACAAUCAUUGUUUUUAUUCAAAGAUGGAAGAUGACAAAAGUAGAGUUCAAAAUAGUGGGGUUACACUUCAAGCUGAAUCUGUACAUUUUGCCAGUUCUAAGGACAAGAAUCCAGUUACAGCAUCCAUGAGUUACUUUGGAAUAAUACACGAAAUAUGGGAAGUUGAUUAUGUGACUUUUAGAGUGCCAGUUUUCAAGUGUAAAUGGGUUGAUAGUAAUUCGGGUGUUAGCACAGAUGACUUUGGCUUUACUUUGGUGGAUCUUAACAAGAUGAGUGAUACAAAUGAACCAUUUAUUAUGGCUAGUCAAGCAAGACAAAUUUUUUAUGUCAUUGAUCCAGCCAAUCAGAAAUUGUCAGUUGUAUUGGAAGGAAGAAACAUGCACGUAAAUGAUGAUGAAGAUUGUCUAGACAUACUUGAGACAACGUCUUUCUCAUCAAGAACCAUUCAAGACAAAGUUGAUGAUGUAACUGAUGACAUCCAUGCUAUUCGAAGUGAUCACAAUGAAGGCAUAUGGGAGAACACAAUUUCUUGA